GCCGACUCGCUGCAGGCCCAGUGCUCUGCCCGGCUCCAGACCAGCCGGUACCAUGUCGGAGACCGCGCCCGUCGCCGCUCCCGCCGUCUCUGCUCCCGGCGCCAAGGCCGCCGCUAAGAAGCCGAAGAAGGCGGCGAGCGGCUCCAAAGCCCGCAAGCCCGCGGGGCCCAGCGUCACCGAGCUGAUCACCAAGGCCGUGUCCGCCUCCAAGGAGCGCAAGGGGCUCUCGCUCGCCGCGCUCAAGAAGGCGCUGGCCGCCGGCGGCUACGAUGUGGAGAAGAACAACAGCCGCAUCAAGCUGGGGCUCAAGAGCCUCGUCAGCAAGGGCACCCUGGUGCAGACCAAGGGCACCGGCGCCUCCGGCUCUUUCAAGCUGAACAAGAAGCCGGGGGAGACAAAAGAAAAGGCAACUAAGAAGAAGCCGGCUGCCAAGCCCAAGAAGCCGGCGGCGAAGAAGCCCGCCAGCGCUGCCAAGAAGCCCAAGAAAGCGGCGGCCGUGAAGAAGAGCCCCAAGAAGGCGAAGAAGCCGGCGGCUACCGCAGCUAAGAAAGCGGCCAAGAGCCCCAAGAAAGCCGCCAAGGCAGGGCGCCCCAAGAAGGCAGCCAAGAGCCCGGCUAAGGCAAAGGCCGUGAAGCCCAAAGCGGCCAAGCCCAAGGCAGCCAAACCCAAAGCGGCCAAGGCGAAGAAGGCGGCGCCCAAAAAGAAGUAAGGUGCUUGAGAGGAAUUGAGUCUACUCAUCUAAAUAAACCCAAAGGCUCUUUUAAGAGCCACCCA